CACACCGCCCUCGUCCGCUCGCCCGCUCACACGCGCCGCAAAGCCGCACCGUCGCCACCGCCCGCAGGAGAGACACAACAGGUGGCACACGCUGUCGCUUGGUGCCACGACCCGAUUCGACUUUUAGCUCCUCCUAUUCUUCCCGUCACCUUUCCUGACGAGAACCUCCGAUCUUUUACAUUAGAAAAGGACCAAUUUCUAAGAUGGCCGUGGCAUCCCGUUUCCGCCUGGCACCCCUGGCCCUGCUCUUCGUGGCCACCCUCUCGUGUCUGGCCGCACAGACUCACGCGGUUGACUGCAGGAAAUUCGUGUUCGCACCCGUGUGUCGUGGCAUCAUUGCGAAGAGAAUGUUCACUGAGAAGAGGUCAUCUAUCAGGGCUCUGCCAAACACCUGGGAUGCUCAGUUCAGGGCCCCCCGAGAGACUGAGGACGAAGGCCUGCUAUUGGCUCAGCCCUUCGAUGACGUCACUAACUUGGAGCCACGCCCUCAGGAGGAUGUGGUCGUUGUGCGCGCCGGAAAUGACGUAGUGCAGGUUCCCGCUUACGUGUACGAUGUCGUCGAAAGGAGUCUUC